GCGGGGACCGGGGACGUAUAUAAUAGUUUUGAAUUCAAAAACCAACUCCCAACCAAACAGAUCGCGCACACUGUCGAUCUUCGCCACGCGCCACCCGUGGGGCGAGCUACUGGAUUACGGCUCCGCCGAUUUCUCCGGCCGCCUCAAACGCAAUCUCAGCUAAUCAAUCUUCUACUGCGGAUCGUGCUGGCGGCUUCUCUUCUAUCGUCGGAGCUAGAAGACACGUGGCUCAAUCCUAUAGUCUUGAUAGAAACCGAAACAAACAUGAUUAUAAAUAACUGGAGCGGCUAAAAUAGAAUAAACUUUCUCUCACAAUUCAACAACUUGAACGCCAUGGCUUCUACUUCUCAACUUGGUGAAAGGAUUAUCGAGGCUGGUGCUAGUGGAAACCUGUCAAAACUUAGGGAGAUCAGAAGGAAGAUUGAUGAUGCCAAAGAGUUCAAUAGAAUAUGCGAUGAAUACUGUGACUACUCCACUGGCCGGAGUGUAUUGCAUCACGCUGCUGCAAUGGGACAUCUUGAGAUUUGCAAAUUCUUGAUUGAGAAAGCCAAAGUUUAUGUUAAUGCUACGGCUUACAAGAGGGAAACUGCUCUGACAGAAGCUGCUAAAGGGGGACAUUUCGAAAUUGUGAAGUAUCUCAUCUCCCAAGGUGCAAUUAGUAUCGCGAGUUUACAUGGAUACACUGUGUUGCAUUAUGCAGUUCUGAAUGAUAACUGGGAGCUUACGCUAUUUUUGGUGAAAGGCGGUAUUCGUUUAGAUGUAAAUUCUUCAGAUGGAACUCCUUUACAAAUUGCUGUAUCUCAUGGCAAUGUCGACAUUGUGAAGCUUCUGUUGGUUUAUGGCGUAAAGCCAGAUUUCUGUUAUUUCAUUUUGGAGUCCCCUCUUAUAUGUGCAAUCAAGUCUCACUCACUAGAAUGCUUGGUUUGGCUGCUUAAGGCUGGGGCUGACCCAAAUAGGUUUUAUCUUGGGUAUAGUCCUUUGUCAUAUGCAGCAAAAGAACAUGACACACUAUAUCUGGAGUAUUUGCUUUGUGCUGGAGCGAAUCCAAAUAAAUAUUUGCUGGGUCAUAUGUACCCUAUUGAGGAUGCUGCUUUGGCAAAUAAUCGUAAUGCUGCUGAACUUUUGUUUCCGCUGACUCGACCGAUAGAACGUUAUCCAGAAUGGAGUGUUGAUUGCAUAAUGGAGUACUGUGAUUCUGAAUAUAUUAAAAGAGAGAGAGAGGAGUAUAGGAGUCAGUGCAUGGCCGAAAUAGUCGAGAACGGGCACAGUUCAAUGGCACGCCAGUAUUACGCCCUUGCAGUUGCACGUUUUAAACUAGCUAGUAAUCUUGAUCCAUCUAACCCGAAAUGGGCGGCAAAGCGGAGCCUGUGUAGUGCGCAUGAGGGUAAACGCAUAAUUGCUAUGUACGAGGCUGAUGAAUGCAUUAAACUUUGGCCACGUUUCCCGGAGCCUCGCCCCGGAGAAGACAGUGCUCUUGGAGCUAAGAUAUUCAAGACAUUCAUGCAUUCAGGCCUUGUCUUCUUGUUGAGUCCUUACGAUGACCAAGUCCUUGAGUUAUUUAGAGUUUCUUUAUAUGAUUACUUUGCUUGGUUGUAUCUGAUGAGCAGCGCGGAGGAGAUUACGAGUAUGUUUUAUAUGCCCAAUUAUCCUUGUUAAUUCGAUCGCACUCAUAUACGUUUAUUCAUGUCACAUUGCAAAUAUUGUUUCCGAUUAACCAAUCGUGUUGCUGUUGCAUUUCUAUUC